AUGGAUCCCCUUUUAAGUGACUACAUUUUCAACCCGUAUGCCCUUAAUGAUCUGGCUCCACCGCCAGAAUAUACUGAGGGAAACCUCCCCGAUCUAUUCUUCUUCCACACACUUCUCUCCAACGAGCCGCUCCAGCUUCCCGAAGGCCAGGCAUUUCCUGCCCUCCCAACCGAAUCCUCUCGUCUAUCAGCAGCUCCUUUCCCCCAGAACGAUAUAAUUCUACCCAAUCAUGCUGUCAAUCCCACAAAAUUCCAAGAAGAAUGUCGACCGCGUCAACCGCGUCGGCAGAAUCACACCUGCGACCAAUGCCGCUUCUCGAAAAAGGCCUGUCGUCUGCCCCCGAAUGUCACCAUCUACAAUAAGAAACCCUCGACCAGUUGCUCCACCUGUAAGAUCCGCGGAUUAGAAUGUACCGUGGCCUGGCUGGCGGGGAAACGAUCCUCCCUGCUGGACAAGAAACGCGCCAACGCCGUCUCCUAUCUCCCCAAGCAUGGAGAGAAGGACAACCUUCCCGACCAUGGCAUUGUGGACCGUUGUGAGAAGACACCCGAUCGCAAGUUACUAGACGUACUCGAGUCGGUGUGCACAACCGAUGCAGAUCUGACCCGAAAAGUGACGGCGCGCGAGGUAGGUGUCCAGCAGUUUAACCUCUACGUCGAUGUCUACGAUUUACCGCUCUCUGAAUGUCUCUUCCACGGCUGCAUGCCGCCCUCCUACUCGCUAGGCGUAGCCGCCUGGGUGCCUCUACGCAAGAAUCUUCAGCUAUCGAGCUACUGGGACACCGCCACCGCGUGGAUCAAGGGAUGUUGGGACCUGGACGCUGUUUCUACAGGCGUGGCACCGUAUAUCUUCCGCACAGCCAGCGUGCUGGACGCGCUCUUCCAACCGCGAGUCACCUCUCAGCGCAACGUCUCCAUCACCGAGACCUACCGCUGGGCCGCCAUCGCCAUCGCCGCGCAAUUCGCCACAACCGCCCCAACCCCAGAGGGUAAUCCACUCAGCCAUGACAUUGCAGUUGCAGCCUGGCAAAAAGCCAAAACUAUGGUAUUUGGUAAUAUCUCCGCCGUGCGCUCGUUUCGUAUCGCCUUAUCCCUGUUCAUUUUCGGCUGUAUCCUACCACCCCCGUCCAGUGCGACGCGCGACGCGCCCCAGGAGGAUGCUAUCUACGCACGCGCGGAAGGCCUCCGACGUCUGCAGACUCUCUGUGCGAGGGCACGUGUAAGUGUAACCACGGCCGACCACCUGCGGGAUCUACCCAACGAGACAAUGGACCAGAUCGGCGAGUUGAUCGGCGCCACAGAAUGGUUAACGACAAUCGUGCACUCCGUAACGGUGAGUACCAUGAGAGGGUCAAACUGUGGGUCACCGGAACAGCUGCUGCUGCUGCACGAGCUGGAGGACUCCGUGAUAACGCGGGCCCAGACCAUCCGACAGCCGUUCACGACGAGGUGGUGCCACGGGUUGGCCGAUGACGACUUUAUCGCGAUGCUGCGACUGUCUGGAUCGGUGGUGGUGCUGCUCUGGAAGUCUCUGGCGGACUUGACCGUGGCAUGGGAGGCGGAGCGAGCACCAGUCAAUUACGGGGAGGUGCACCAACGAUACGAGGCGGCGGUGUCGCUGAUCGAGAUCUGGCGAGCGACGUUUGGGGCCUUGGACGAAAUGAUGAAAGGGGCCUUGCAGCAGCUCCGGGGGGAAUUAUGGCGCAUGGUCUCUCUAUGUUCGAAUGAUGCCAACCUGCCGAUUCUUUUAUUCUGCGACGUGGCCCAGCGCAUUGAAUUUGAUCUAGAGCGUCUGCCAAACCCGGAGGGGGAGGAGGGAUUAGUGGCGCUAUUGGAGGCAUUGCAAUCGACGCGAUCGUACCGCAAACAGCAACGCCUCGCCAGUGCCACGCAGGUAUCGAUCGUGGCUUCCACCUGCUACGGGGUGUCGCGUCCUGGGUUCCAGGGGACCGGGGGGUUGAAGGCGUCCAUUAUGGAUAUCGGGUCUCAUCCGGAUCCAUCACUCCUAGCGCAAGCAUAUACCCUGGCAGCGCGGGCGUUCACGGAGGAGGUUAACGAAUCGAUGCAAGAGAUGGACAUGGAUCGGGCAUCGCAGAUGACGUCGGGACUGGAAACCUGUCUGCAGGCGUUGCGAGGACUGCAGGAUAGUCUGGUGACGUUUCCAGGCCGACUGAACAGAGAAUAG